GUCCCAGUGUUGGGGUGUCCUGUAUUUUGGGGAGCCUUGUGUUUUGGGGUGUCCUAGUGUUGGGGUUUUCUCAUGUUUUGGGGUGUCCUGGUGUGGGGCUGUCCUCUUGUUGGGGUUCCUCAUGUUUUGGGGUGUCCCGGUGUUGGGGUGUCCCAGUGUUGGGGUGUCCUCUUGUUGGGGUGUCCCGGUGUCCCAGUGUGGGGCUGUCCUCUUGUCGGGGUUCCUCAUGUUUUGGGGUGUCCCGGUGUUGGGGUGUCCCAGUGUUGGGGUGUCUCAUGUUUUGGGUUCUCUUGGUGUUGGCAUCUUCUCGUGUUUUGGGGUGUUUUGUUUUAGGGAUGUCUCAUUUUUGGGGCUGUCCUGUUAUUGGGUUUUGUCGUGUUUUGGGGUGUUUCCUGUUUUGGGGUGUCUCAUGUUUUGGGGUGUCUCAUGGUUUGGGGUGUCUCCUUGCCGCUGGCACGCGCCUCACGCUGCCGGUCCCCAGGGGAGCCUCGCCGCGGCGCCUACACCGCCUUCAUGAAGUCCCACCGCUGCUACGACCUCAUCCCCCCCCCAAAGUGACUCUCCCGCGGCAGGUGAAGAAGGCUUUCUUCGCGCUGGUCACCAACGGCGUGCGGGCUGCCCCGCUGUGGGACAGCAAGAAGCAGAGUUUUGUGGGCAUGCUGACCAUCACCGACUUCAUCAACAUCCUGCACCGCUACUACAAGUCGCCCAUGGUGCAGAUCUACGAGCUGGAGGAGCACAAAAUAGAGACGUGGAGAGAAGUCUACCUGCAGGACUCCUUCAAGCCUCUGGUCUGCAUCUCCCCCAACGCCAGCCUCUUCGACGCCGUCUCCUCCCUGAUCCGCAACAAGAUCCACCGCCUGCCCGUCAUCGACCCCGACUCGGGCAACACGCUCUACAUCCUCACCCACAAGCGCAUCCUCAAGUUCCUCAAACUGUUCAUAGCGGAGGUCCCCAAGCCCGAGUUCAUGGCCAAGACGCUGGAGGAGCUGCGGAUCGGUACCUACGACAACAUCGCCGUGGUGCGGACCAGCACCCCCAUCUACGUGGCGCUGGGCAUCUUCGUUCAGUACCGCGUGUCCGCUCUGCCGGUGGUCGAUGAUUCGGGGCGGGUGGUGGAUAUCUACUCCAAAUUCGACGUUAUCGUGAGUACCGGG